AUGAAGUUCCUACAUCUUUCCGGAAUUAUUGUGCUGCUAAGCCUAGCAACAUCAAUUUCUGCUGCUACACUGGUCCCAAGGAUGGAACGUGGUGCAGAGCCAUAUGAUAGCCUAUAUCCCGAAAUCAUAGCCGGUAUCAAUAAAAUACAAAGGGAUAGAACUCCACUGGUAUCGCCAGAUGAUUAUACAAAAAAGACUUGCUCAAAAAUUUCAACUCCCAUUCCUAAUUCCUGUUCAAGUUAA